AUGGACCAUCUGGUGGUAUGUCAUGUACCGUCAGUGAUGCACAGACCACAGUUUGAGAUUCACUCCAGAUCAAAACUGUACCAGUCUGGAGUUGCAGAACUUGACAAGAAGAAUGUUCUGAAAAUUGCUAAAGAGUUUUUUCUUCCGCCACACCCAUUGCAGACAAGGCUUUGUGGAUUGUACCUGCUGUAUGGACUUUACUAUAAGCAACCAACUAUUGAAGAUGGCGAGUAUCUGGUAAAGAUUCGUCUAAACUUCAAAGAAUGGCAAGAUUCCUACAGUCUGAUGAAGUUUGUAUGUGAAGAGCAACAUUAUGAUGCACUUUUCAUAUUCAACAAGCUGCUGGCAGAGAAUGCAUUCCAUUUUUGUGCGAUGCCACGUGAAUAUGGUCUCGAGAAAAGCAUGAGGAAGUACCUGGAACGUAAUGAUACUGCAGACGAGAAUUUAUCCCACAAAUCUGAGCUACUGACAUUGGAGGAGAGUGGUAUACUUAAUUCAUUGGAUGAAAUUAGUAAAAAGUACUAUGAACUCAAGUGUAAAUUGAACAAUGAAAGUAAAGAGAAUAAACCACAUCAACUGUUGGAUUAUGCUAGUCCUAUGAUUGCAGAUGAUAUUCGAAAGAAGUUGGCAUCAGCGAUGGAUGAUAGUUCAGACCAGAAAGAUGAGGAACAGGAUACAAAGAUAUCAAUUGGAGCCCAUCGCAAGAAAUUAAAAGAGAAAGCAUGUUUUGGUGCAGGACCAAGUAGAUCAACAUGA